AUGGCGCUGCGGGGAGGCGGCGGCGGGGCGCUGGGGCGGCUGCUGCUGCUGCUGCUGCUGAGCGCCGCGUGCCUGGUCCCGCCGAGCGCGCAGGUGAGGCGGCUGGCGCGCUGCCCCGCCACUUGCAGCUGUACCAAGGAGUCCAUCAUCUGCGUGGGCUCUUCCUGGGUGCCCAGGAUCGUGCCGGGCGACAUCAGCUCCCUGAGCCUGGUCAAUGGAACGUUUUCGGAAAUCAAGGACCGAAUGUUUUCCCAUCUGCCUUCCCUGCAGCUGCUAUUGCUGAAUUCUAACUCAUUCACAGCUAUCCGGGAUGAUGCUUUUGCUGGACUUUUUCAUCUUGAAUACUUGUUCAUCGAAGGGAACAAAAUAGAAACCAUUUCAAGAAAUGCCUUUCGUGGCCUCCGUGACCUGACUCACCUUUCUUUGGCCAAUAACCACAUAAGAGCACUACCAAGGGAUGUCUUCAGCGAUUUAGACUCUCUGAUUGAACUAGAUUUAAGGGGUAAUAAAUUUGAAUGUGAUUGCAAAGCUAAGUGGUUGUAUCUGUGGCUGAAGAUGACAAAUUCCACUGUUUCCGAUGUGCUGUGUAUUGGUCCACCGGAAUAUCAAGAAAAGAAGCUAAAUGAUGUGACCAGCUUUGACUACGAAUGCACAACUACAGAUUUUGUCGUUCAUCAGACCUUGCCCUACCAGUCGGUUUCGGUGGAUACAUUCAACUCCAAGAACGAUGUGUACGUGGCCAUCGCUCAGCCCAGCAUGGAGAACUGCAUGGUGCUGGAGUGGGACCACAUCGAAAUGAAUUUCCGGAGCUAUGACAAUAUCACAGGUCAGUCCAUCGUGGGCUGUAAGGCCAUCCUCAUUGAUGACCAGGUCUUUGUGGUGGUAGCCCAGCUCUUCGGUGGCUCUCACAUUUACAAAUAUGAUGAGAGCUGGACCAAGUUUGUCAAAUUCCAAGACAUAGAAGUCUCUCGCAUUUCCAAGCCCAAUGACAUCGAGCUGUUUCAGAUUGACGACGAGACGUUCUUUGUCAUUGCAGACAGCUCUAAAGCUGGCCUGUCAACGGUUUAUAAGUGGAACAGCAAAGGAUUCUACUCUUACCAGUCUCUGCACGAGUGGUUCAGGGACACAGACGCAGAGUUUGUUGACAUAGAUGGAAAGUCACAUCUAAUCCUGUCCAGCCGCUCCCAGGUCCCCAUCAUCCUCCAGUGGAACAAAAGCUCCAAGAAAUUUGUCCCCCAUGGUGACAUUCCCAACAUGGAGGACGUGCUGGCUGUGAAGAGCUUCCGAAUGCAGAACACGCUUUACCUGUCCCUCACCCGCUUCAUCGGGGACUCCAGGGUCAUGAGGUGGAACAGUAAGCAGUUUGUGGAGAUCCAGGCUCUUCCAUCACGGGGGGCCAUGACCCUGCAGCCCUUUUCUUUUAAAGAUAAUCACUACCUGGCCCUGGGGAGUGACUAUACGUUCUCCCAGAUCUACCAGUGGGAUAAAGAGAAGCAGCUAUUCACAAAGUUCAAGGAGAUUUAUGUGCAGGCGCCUCGUUCAUUCACAGCUGUCUCCACCGACAGGAGAGAUUUCUUUUUUGCAUCCAGUUUCAAAGGGAAAACAAAGAUUUUUGAACAUAUAAUUGUUGACUUAAGUCUCUGAAGGUGUGAUUGGUGAAUUUAAAAGACAUGUAGCAUUAGCUCACAAGAGAGGACCAAGAAGAAAAAAUAAAUACAUAAAUAAAAGCCAGGUUCAGAGCUCUGAAAUUAAAAAUGCACUGAGGAAAUAGAAGUUUUCAAACUUUUUAGAACUCACAUUUUAAUCAGGGAUUGCAUUUAUUGGCUAACUGCAUGACAUGCCCAUCUACCAUUUAAAAAGACUUUUUAAAGUGUAAUUUCUGAGAAAAGAGUACAGUAUUUACUCUUACCAUCUAGAAAAGUAAUGUGCUUUUUCUUUUGUUUUAAUGAGGAAGGAGAAAAUUGGGUAAGAUGAGACAGUUCUUAUAAUGAAAUAAUAAUAAUAAUAAUAACCCUAAACAUACUGUAGGCCCUUUUCUUUCCAUUUAGCAAUCUUUUUUGGUAGGAACUCUUAAAGCCAAAGUCAGCUGAAAAGAUUUGCUGAUGAUUAGUUUAAAAAUCAUGUAACAUUCAGCAAUGCUAUUUUGAGCCAUCCUAGUUUCCUGAAAGGAAUGCCCAGCCUUCCUGAACCCUCCUUAAUGGCAGAGCCUUACAUAUUUCGUUGGUUCACACAGAUGCUCGGCAUGAGUAUGUUAACAAUCAAAUGUUUGACAUUGCUUCCUUUGCCACAAAGAAAAUAUUUGGUAACGCAUGUCCAGGCCCAGCAUGGGCUGUAGGCUCAGGAGUGAGACAAAGGAAUAUUCCCCUCUUCGUUGUGAUUCAAAGCUGACCCUGGUGGUGGCUGGAGCAGUUACUGCUUGUUCGAUACUCUCCAGAUUCACCUGCUUCUCCGAAUCCAUCCUUUGAGUUUGUGGGUACCCAGCAGACAGGCCAAAGACUGAAUGGUGCUUUUUAUUCUGUCCUUUAGAGGGGUGAAACAAGUAUUUCCAUCUGAUGAGCAUUUGGUAGAAUUUUUGAAGUGAGAUUUUAUGGAGUCAAAGAGGAUUUUACACAGAUCUCAAUGUUCUUUGAAACCUAGAGGUGGCCCUUUGAUUUAUGCAUGUCCUUGCCCUCUGGACAACUUAAUAUUUCAAGUAAUUGAAUACCAGCCUGCCUACCUGCCCACCUGCCUACCUCCCUACUCAUAAAACUGUCCUGCUUUGUUGAGUGGCUGAUAUUGCUGCUGCCAGCGCAGCCCUACUGAAGGUGCUGCAGACACCAGAUCACAACCCGGGACACUCAUGACAGUAAUGCUCUUUCCUCUCUCAGUACUUUAGCAAGGGAACCCCCACGGUGCCCACACGCUCACACAGGGCUGUGUGUUGGCAGAGGUCAUUCUGUACAGGAUGGGUGUCUUAGGCUGAUCAGUAGGGACCAGCUUUGGAGCCAGACAAGCUGAAUGCCACAGACCAGGUCGGCAGUCAGGGUACCAGGUGGCCUAUUUCAAAAUGGGCCUCUCUGGUGUGGACAGUAAGGAAGCUUCUGGAGUCUGGUUUUGUGAAAGGCUUCUAGCAGCUGUUCUGCUUCGUUAGCAGACUAUGAAGUGAAUGCUUUUAGGGGUAGCUCUGAAAGAGUAAUCCAACAACCUCUCUUCUAGCCACGAAAGUAGCACAAUCACAUUGUACUGUAUUAUUUUUUAAUGAUGAUUAUUUGCCACAUUGUGAGUAGGUAGAUAUUUUGCCACAAAUAUGAAUGUGUUUGUUGUUUCCUGAUUUUAAGUAAUGCAGACCAAGGCAAUAAACAGCACUCAGAGAAUGAUGUAUUGAUGUCACAUCAGCACUGUUGGGUACAUUCUGGGACAGCAAGUGGAGGUUUCCAGCCCAGGAAACCAGGGAUUUUACUGAACAAACUCACCCACAUAUAGUAGUGUUCUUGCUUGAAACUUUUUUGUUAAAUACCAAGCAAACAGGAGAAAAGUGGUUUGUUUUCGUUUUUAAAGCACAGAUCACUCUUCUGCAUUCUUUUACCUCCUUGGUUUAUUUGAAUUGAGUGCAAAUGUCCAGAUCUCUGCAUCAGAGGCUGAAAGUGGGACAGCUGUGCCUUCCUUUGGCUGCGAAGAUGGGCAAGCUAUUCUUUCUGGGGCAUGGAACUCUUCAGACAAGCCUGGGCAAAAAAAGGGGUUCUUGGCACAGUGUAGGAGACAUUUAGACAGUCCCAGCACUUGUGCCAGGUGGAAAUGAUGUUCUCGGUUCCAGCCGCUUGGAGAGAUGGCAACUGGGACAUCUCACAGGGCUGCUACUGCAAAGCAGUACCAAUGUCCCAGCUGUACCUCUAAGGGUGAAGUCAGGGGCUAACCAUCUGCACUCACUACUCUGGUAACCAUCUAGAUUCUGGAAAACCAGGAAUCACAGGGUGCCAGGCUUGGGCUGGUGGGACUUGUUGAAUCCGGAUGGGGCAUUAGAGGGUGGAAGAAAGAUGGAAAACAGAUGACGGGGUGGGGUGUGAGAGGCAGGUAAUCCACACAGCUGCAAUCAGCUUUUCUUUCCUUUUUCUUUUAAGAACAUUUUAUACAAGACUAGAGCCUGCACUCUACAGAGUGCCUGUGCUGUGGGAGGAGUUAUUUGUUCUGGCCAGCUUACCAAAGGAGCAUAGAUGUUCUUGGCACGCAGUGGUGGAAGCUUUGCUUCAUUAAUCUUACUGCUCCAUCCCAAGAGUCCCUGAGGUUUUAAACAAUUUCUGCAAGAAGAUUUCACCGAGUAAUAACAUAAAAUAAAAAACUAACCAAACAACAAUGACAAAAGCCCAAAGCAGAGAACACAUGGAACCAUUCCCUGUGGUGAUAAGCUAGAGGAGGGGCCCCUCUUGCUUCUUCCUUCCUUCCCAUCACCCAUGGGGUGGUCAACAGCUCAGCUGGUUUCUUUAUAAUCUCCAUGGCUGGCCUCCAGGACUGAUUCCUCUGCGUAGGCUUUAAAGCUACUGCCUGAGAGGGAAGACUUGCCCCAGACUCCUUAUAAAGACUCUAAAAACAAAUCUCAGAUGUGAAGAGCACUGUGUUGAUCUCAUUCGUUCAUGAUAGUUCCUCAGUUUACUAGAGGACAGCUAUCUUCUAAUUUCAAAGAGAAGAAAACAGGCACAAAAUCUAAGUGGAUUGCCUGCCUGUGGUUAUCCAAUAGUGAAUGGCAGAGCUAGAACUUUCCCUCUGAACAGCAGGCAUUGUAUUCUCUUUCAAUGACACUCUGCUCUGCCCUUUCAAAGGAAGACUUUCAUUUUUAUCAUGAUUUUGAAUAUAGCAGCACCUUGAGAUAAAAUACAAAAUGCAGCAAAAUAUGUGUAGCCAGAAGGAAAAUCACAUUGAAUAGACACCAUUCACUCUACCCAUCCAUUUAACAAUUAGCAAAGAUGGAACUGAUAUUACAUGCAAGGAGCUACUCCUGAAAGUCUUCCAGAAAUUUCGACAGUUUUCUGUUGUUCUAAAGAGAACUUCUAGCCGGCACGGUUGUUUCUUCCCCCACACAGCUAUGGGAGGGAUGCUAACAUUGAGCCACAUCUGGUUCUUGUCACAAUGUCCACCAGAUAAACAAGAAGAGAUCUAUGAUGGAAAAAUUCAAAACCCAAACACAAAUGAUGAUGAACUGCUCAGCCUUUCGAGGGCCACGGGAAAUGGCAAUGUUGCAUUUUUCUUCCCUGUGGAGUGAGAGGCUAUGUAUUUUUAGGAAAGAAAUCAGCGUGGGAUGCUGGAGGUUUGGCUGCCAGGAGCACUCAGGAUGGAAAUUUCUCUGGCCGGGGGGUAUAAUGAAAGAGAGAUGAAGGUCUGCAGGAGGGGAGUCUAUUUGCAUGCCACCUAAAGAAAAUCUCUUUAGCAGGCUUCCUGAUUCGUCUGCAGAGGUGUCAGCCCCUCGUUUGCAGCUUCAGAAGAAAGUUCUCUAAUUAGGCGGUGGCCAAAGAUUCUGUUCAACAGCACCCUGAAGGGGGAUGCAAAAAUCCAAUUGCAGAUGUGAUAAGUAAGGCUGUCCAGGCUUGGGGGACACUGAAAAGGGAAAUGGCACAGAUGGCUGUGGAGGAAACUCUUUUGGGAACGUAGAAAUAAACUGGAAAAAAAGAGGAAGUGAUAAUGAUUUGCUUUGCCUCAGCCAGGCAAGCAGAGUGUAGAAUGACCAGGAAAAUUAAAGCAUCCCAAUUAUUAAUGAAGAGAACCAAGUGUAGUACUAAUUUUAAAUAAGAGUUAUAUUGUAAAGCCACUGAGAUCUAAACCAAGGCACUCUCAUCUUACUCUACUCCAUUGCUUUGUGUCAGAAUCUACCUUUUUUCUAGCAGGAAACGGUGCAUUCCCUAUCAGUCCCUUUGACUAUCAGGAAUGUAUAAGAACUGUGAUAAAAAUAGGCCAAUAUACCAUUUGGUACCAUUUAUAUGUAUUUUAAAUGUAUAACUUAGGUAAAAUAAGAAUAAUUUAUAUGUAUAUGGAAACAAGUUUUGCAGUAUGCAGGCUGCAGUGGGUGCAUUUUAAGUCUGUACAUAUACUUAACUCUUUUUGGUAAAUAGAGUUAACAAAUGAUAUGCCUCUUAAUU